CUCUCAGCUCUGCUCAGCUCUGAGAUUCCUGAGCUGCUCUCUCCGCCGCGAGCUGGACCAGGAAGACUGCUCUCGGUUUCUCUGAGCAAAAUGUCCUGAAGAGCAGCUUCAGCAGGACAGCACACGGCCCUCUCUACACGCGGGCAGCCCUCAGCUCCCGCACAGCGCGGUCCUGCUCAUUUUAUCGCCUUUCUUUUAAAACAUAUACUCAUAUGUAGCUCCGCAGCGCUGCGAGUUUCUGCCACUUCCGCGUACCGUCUCUCUCUGUGUGUGUUUUUCCCCCAACCACCAACUUUCCGCACAGAGCCGCCGCCGCCGCCGCACAGCGCCUACAGCCCGGCCGCCCGGAUCCUACAGCCCGCCGCACGGAGCUUGUUUGAAAGGCGACAGCCCCACUCAUCACCAUGGACUAUGAAGACGCCCAUAAUGGGCGGGUCCUGUCUGGGGCGCAUGGUAACUCGGCCAGGAGUAUAAUUGGAGCAGAGGACGAGGACUUUGAGAAUGAUCUGGAUCAGACAGUAGAUGAUCAGUGCAGUCAUUUUAACAGUAUUGAACUGCUGAAGUCCAGACCCACCCAUCUGCUGGUCUUUCUGCAUCAUGUCAUCUUACAGUUUGACUGCGCUCCUGUGUUAUGCUACCUGCAUGCAGACCUGUUUAAGAGCUACAGCACCAGAGACACAAAGAAGUACUUUGGGGAAUUCUGCUCCACUUUCCUGGACAAAGGAGCAAUUCUCAGAGUAACUGUGCCAUCUCAUAUCGCAAUGGAAUUAGACCGUACUCGUCCUGAACUGAUCGGCGAGGACCAGCAGAGGCGCUACGCUCAGGAAAUGCAGAAUAUGCAGUGCCUAGAGGUGCUGAGACAGCUGGACGACUUCAGGCAGAAGAGGAUGAUGGGAAUGACCCCUAAUGAACAGGAGCUCAGUCAGGUGGAGAAUCACUACCCUACUGACCGAGUACCCAGGGAAAUGAAGGAGAAAGCAGUGGCUGAGAUGCUGUACGAGAAGUUAUCAGAUGCAAACCCCGCAAUCGUUGCAGAUGAGGACAAAUUCUCUGCCAUCUUUGAUGCAGUGGCUUACUACAUGAAGCAACUGGGAGUGAAAGCCAAAGCUCCAGACAGCAAGAAGUCCAGAGGGUUUAAGAUUAUGAGAAAGAAGCCUGGAAAGAAAGAUGAAAGCAAGCCUGUUCGGCGACUCCCUGGGUGGUUUUAUGGCGGCAAUGAGCCAAAGCCACCAAUCGAAGGUGAAAAGCCUCCCAAGCCAGGUGUGACAAGCCAAGUACCUGUUCAAGUGAUAGAGGCCAGUGAGGUGCCACCCAGCAACCCAGUCAUAACUACCAGCCCUGAAUCCACUCAGACUGAUAAUGUUAUGAACACCAGCCAAACCAGUCUCCCGUCUUUGUCAGAUGGGGGUGAUGUUUCUCCUGUGUGCAACACAGGCCCCGUCUGGGAGCCACCUACCAUUGAACUCCAAACAGAGGACAGCCAUGAUAAAGACAGACGGAAGACAAGGAGUGUGCGACGCAGUGAGAGUCUGUGUGUGGAAAGGCGUCACUCUCGGCGUGGUGGCUCCGCCCGGGCCAAACAGUCUCGCUCCCGUAGCGACGUGGACCUUCAGUCAGCUGCUACCUCCCACCCCCCCUCACCCUCCCCCCUGACCUCUGUCUUCGGGGAUGCACCUUACAUGCAGCCUGAGGGCCCCCUCACAGGAUCUGUAUCCAGUCCCUUACCUCAGCAGGAGGAGGUGGAGCCCCGCCUCCUGGAACUCGAGCAGGAGCCACCUAGCUGGAGAGAGCUUGCUUCCAGUGAGGUUUUGAACAAACUCAGCAAGAAAGAGAUCAAGAGACAGGAAGUCAUCAACGAGUUGUUCGCAACAGAGCACGCUCAUGUGCGCAUGCUGAGCGUCCUCCAGACAGUGUUCUAUCGUCCGCUGGAGAGGGAGGCGAUAAUGUCUUCUGAUGAUCUAAACGCCAUAUUCCCAGGCCUGGAUGAGAUCAUAGAUGUGCACUAUGCUUUCUAUGAGAACCUGAAGAAGGUGCGCCAGGAGGAUGGGUUUGUGGUCAAAGCCAUCAGCACUCCACUGCUGAACAGAUUUCUUGGAUCUGAGGGUGACUGGUUCCAGAAGCUCACGGCUCGUUUCUGUAGCCACCAGUCUUGGGCUUUGGAUCAAAUUAAAAGCAGACAGAAGAAAGAUCCUCGCUUCAAUGCCUUCAUUCUUGAUGCAGAGAGUAAGCCUCAGUGCAGGAGAUUACAGCUGAAAGACAUCAUUCCUACUGAGAUGCAAAGACUGACAAAGUACCCCCUCCUGCUGGAGAAUAUUGCCAAGAGCACAGAGGACAAUACAGAGAAACAGAACGUCCAGCAGGCUGCUGACUGCUGUCGUAAGAUCCUAAACCAUGUUAACGAUGAGGUGAAACAUAUGGAGAAUUUACUGACAUUAAGAGAUUAUCAGCGCAGACUGGAUACUUCAGGACUGAAGCCCAGCAAUGAGCUCUUCUUAGAGUAUAAGAAUUUUGAUCUUACCACAAGAAGGAUGCUCUACGAGGGGCCACUGAUCUGGAGAGUGACUAAGGAGAAAGCUAUAGACGUGCAGGGUGUGCUGCUGGGAGACAUGCUGGUUUUGCUGCAGAAGCAGGAUGAUAAGAUGCUAUUGAAAUGUCAGAGUAAAAGCAUCAUCGCUGCUGAAGUAGGCAAACAGAUGCUGAGCCCCAUCAUUAAGCUUGACUCGGCGUUCCUCCGUGAAGUGGCCACAGAUCGAAAAGCGUUCUAUGUGAUCUUCACCUGGGACAGUGGAGCACAGAUCUAUGAGCUCGUGGCCCAGUCUGUGGCAGAGAGGAAAACGUGGAACGAAAUGAUAAAGUCAGCGAUUGAUGAGUUAAAGAAGAAUGGCGGCUCCACCUUGGAGAGAGCGAGACCAGGCAGCAUUCCCAAAGAAAGCAGCGGGAUACCUUAUAACCCUAUGAUGCAGGCUCCUCUCAGCCCCACUGAGAAUGGAGCAGACCCACUGAAGAAUAGCGCUGAUGAGAAGAGUCGGCACUCUCAGCCCUCAGUGAUUGACUACCUUUCUGCAAACGGAUUUGAUCCUCUCGGACACAGCAACGCCCCUCCAGAGAGGUCAGCUCCUGGAGCUCUGGAGGAAGUGAUGUCUUUGAAGAGGCUACUGGUCAGAAGCAUCAGUGUAUCUGAUGAGCUCCACCCAGAGAAGGAAAAUGAUGGAAGUCAGUUAUUAGUUGAGGAGCACAGCACAGAGGGCCAGGAGGCAGGAGUGCAGGAUGAAAAGGUGAAAGGAGAGGACGAUGGAGGGAUUUCUGCUCCUCUAGUGCUCUCAAACGAGAGUUUGGAGGAGGUCCGGAGGAAACUGGGUAGUCUGGAAGACAAACUAAAGAGACUACAGAAUGUGGAGGAGGAGUAUCACAGACUGCAAGAAGCGCUGGCUAAAUUCACCAUUCAAAGAGGCAGCUACAACUGAGUGCCAUCCCUACCUGCUGGUCAUCAGAUCACUGUAUGUGCUGGAGUGAGGAGUUAGAGUUCCUUCUGAGAAAUCCCUUCAUUGAUGAUGUUUGCUGCCUGGAUUUUCCUGUUUGCUCUGCUAUCCGUGCUCACCUCCUCCCCAUCGACUGUAUGCCUCAACACUGUGAUGUGGUGAAAAGCUGAAAGGCUUCAAGUGUCGGAAGUACUCGUGCAUGUGUAUUUUUAUGUGUAAAUGCAUGUGUUUUAAAGGAGGGGAUUGGAUCAGAUAUUAUUUAUGCCCCCAAAUUUUAAACUCCCACAGAGAAUUUUUUUUUUUUUUUAACUGCACUUGCACUCACCCAUACACGUUUAUUUACUCGCAGACCAUCCUCUGUGCCAAUCAAUUUUUUUUUUAUGUUUAAUAUUAGUUAUAUAGUGAAAUAUGUAGAGGCAAAGGGAUAUCUCUACUUAAAGAAAUGAAUGUGAUUAAUGUUUAAUGCAGAAUUCAUGGCUCAAACCUUUAUUGUCGUGAAGCGAGCUGAAACAGAAAUUCAUAAAAUUGAUAGUAUAAGGUUGAUUUUAACGCUCAGUUAAGCACAUUUUCCACAUUUUCUUUAAGAAACUUAAAACUCUCUUAUAAUAUCAGCCCACAUUUGGCUACUGGUGAAAGUAAGUCCACAAGUUUUAUGUUGUUUUAAUAAAUGGAAAAUGUCUGCUACUGAUAAUUUAGAUCCCUUUUAAACAAUUAAUAACAUAUUUUGCACAGAUUUUUGCUUUUCCUGCUCAAGCACACCUUACUCAACCUGCCGAUUCACAAUUGCCAAUAGAAGGUCUGUUAGGCUACUUUCAGACUGCUGGCAAAUUAGAUUUGUUUAUCAAAUUAGAUCUGUUGAGAUUACUUUUCACACUGAUAUUCAGUGAUCAGAUCAGAUUUGUACAUCCGGUUAUCAUCUGUAUCCUAUCAGUCACUCUGAAUUUGAUGAGGUUGUUUGUCAAGAAAAUGCAUUGAAAUCCUGUUUGAAGGGACAGAGCGUCCAGACAAAGAUGCAUCUAUACAAAUCUGACUGUAAUCGCGUUUAAAACCACGCGGUUUGGAACCUGUGCUACGUUACAAAAAUCAGACUUGAUUUAUGUUUUCUGGCUGAUCAGAAUAUCAAAACUCAAAAUGGGAAAAAGUCUAGAUAGGCCACAAAAUCAGAGGUUGAUUUGAGGUGGCAGUCUAAACACAGCCUUUUAGAGCAGGGAAAUCAGUAAACUGUGCUGCAGCAGUCCUUUAUUGUGCAUAUUUACUCAGAUCCAUGACUCCGUUUGAGACUCUGCCUUUACAGAAAAGCCUUUGAGUGCAUUUGAGUGAGAAAGAAGAGGAAUAGAAAGUAGGUUUUAUUGAUGGAGAGAUGAGGAACUGAAAAUAGAUGGACACUGUAGGUUAACUGGAGGAGUGGAACUGGAGCGGUGACUCCUCCAAAGUUUGCUUUGAUAUACCCAUACAAUGGCGAGAUAUUAAUAUUAUUAUAGUAAUAGUAAUAUAAUAUUAAAUAAUGCAGUUAUAGCUUCCAAUAGACUUCAGGCAUGUAGAAUAACGGACACUCACAGCUGUUGUUUUAUUGGAUGUUUUGUGCAGCAGUUACACACAUCCACUGUGGUUGGAGGUCACAUGUCCUCAGAGCGCAUGCAGGGGUUCAGGUCCUAACAUUCCGUCGGCGGCACUGUUUGUUUGGAGACCGUUGCAGAAAGUUUAAGGGGUGGUUUUGUUACAUGCUUUUUAUACAUACACAUUUUUGUCAGGUCAGAUACACAGCGACUGUAUGAUCGUUCUUUCUGUAUCUCUCUAUUUUUAUGAUUGUAAUUAUUGCGUUGUUUUCAGAUUUGUAGUUUAGUUUUAAAAGGUAGUCUUGAAAAUUUGCAGGACCAAAGAGAUGUAAUCAGCUUAAUCAGGUGGAUAUAUUCCUUAAUUAUUCAGUAUUUAUAAGCAUAAUAUUGGCUGUAAUUGUCAGUGGCUAAUUUACAUGCUGUUCCCAAACCCUGAAUGCAAAUGUAUGUGAGAAUACAUAAUAUAUAUAUAUAAAAAGAUAUAUAUAGAAGAAUAGUAUAGUCUAUACAGUAUAUGAACAAGGACUGAUCUGCCAUAACAUUGAAACCACUCAGAGGAAAAGAGCAUUGAAGUAACAUUGAUUAUUGAGUUACAUUGGCACAUGUCAAGGAAGAGGAACUAUACAGUCAGUUUCUGAAGAUGUGUUGAAAGCUGAAAAAAGGUCAGUUGUAAGAAUCUAAAGCACUUUGACAAGAACCUAUUUGAGAUGAAUCCGAGCAUCUCUAAAACGUUAGAAAGGUCUUGUGAGUUUUUUUCAAGAAUUAAACUUAUAGAACCUAUGAAAAGGGGUCUAAGAAAGGACAAAUUACUGAAUAAUACAUGCUGGCUAUAGGGUUUACAGUCAGGGCUCUUUCAGCAACACAAGAGGGAUUUAUACAAUAUUAGGCAUGUGGUUUCAAUGUUAUGGCUGGUCGAGUUAUAAAUCAGAAUAUAUAAAGAUUUAUAUGAUAGUAAUAUUUAGGAUUAGCCUUAAGUAAGUAUUGUUUGCUUGGUCCUAUAUUAAUAAUUUGCCUUAAAUGGACCAUCAAGUCUUUGCCAAUAAAGCUGACCUAUUGACCGAUCCAGUACAGUACAAAUAGGGAAAUUCCUUUUCAAGUAAAUGAGCUUCAGAUAUCAGAAUAUUAGGACCACCUCCACAUUUCUACAUUCAUUGUCCCUCUGAUCAGCUCCUCUAAACAUAUAGGAGUAUUAUGUAUACUUUCUUAGCAUCACUGUAGUGUUGAGAAGGAUAUCUGCUUCAUGGUGGUGCUGUGGUUUCCUUAGCAUUGAAGAACAGGGUGAAAGGAGAAUAAUAAAUACUGUAAUGCAAAAAAUCAGAUUACAGAGCUAAAGUCUGUAACUAUAGAAUUACAAAGUGCUCCUAUAUGCUCAGUGGAGCUGAUGGAAUUAAUUUUGAGUGUAGAAACAAUGAGGAUGUUAUAAUAUUGUGAGUAUAAAUUCCUAUCCAGAAAGGAUUAGUAUCACACUUCUACUCCGUGAUAAAACGUUUGCAUCUGCACAGCAAUUGAAGAAACAGGAGGAUCAGUGAGUUGUUUUUUUUUUUUUUUUUUGGCCUACUCAGUCACAUGACAUUACGUUCAGUAGCUCCUCCAUUUCCACUUGCUGUUGUGUUUAUGCAGAUAUUCAGGAAAAUGCACGCCCAAAGUGUAAUUACGGUGGAUUUUUAGUGGAAAAUAGCUAUUUUAUUAAAUGCGAGGUGAUGAAACUCAGACAUCUCAAAAUUAUCUUAUGAGUUCAGCGAAAAACAGUAAUUCAUCCUACAACACACAGAAAAACACAGAUGGUUGUUCUGGACAGGAAUAAAAUCACAGAGGACCCCCAUAAAAGAGAAAAUUACCCCAGGACCCAGAUAAAGAAAAAAAAUCUUAGGUCUAAAAUGUAAAACAUAAGGUUUUCCAUACUGCCCUCUGGUGGAGUGAUUAAAAUCUAGCUAUACUGUUUAUCUGCUGAGCUGUGUGCUAUUAUGGCCUUUUAGCACAGUUGGAUUUUGGUGACCUUUCAGUGAAGCUUGUCUAACUGUAACAAGAACACAAGCCUCAUAGUUUGUUCUCAUCGCUGGCUGUUUCACCUGUACUGUUACUAGUCAUUGUAAUGACCAUAUAUAUAUAUAUAUAUAUAUAUAUAUAUAUAUAUAUAUAUAUAUAUAUAUAUAUAUAUAUAUAUAUAUAUAUAUAUAAAUAUAAAUUAUAUAUAUGAAUAUAUAUAUAUAUAGUAUAUUUGCAUUGCAAUGGCCACUCUUUCUGAUUUAAAGAAUUUGUUUUAAAGGAUCAUUCAUGCAACAAAUAUGCUUGUUAUCUUAGGGUAAUUAGCAAAGUAGAUGAAAUGGAUUGUGGUGUAAUUAUGUUGCUGAAUCUUUUGAAAUACAGAUCUAUACUGUAGUGCAGUUCUCCAUCCUUUUAUUAUCAAGUGUUUUACAGUAACUGCAAACAAAAUGGGUUGUGGGGAUUGGGAACUUUUUAAGCAUUUAAUUGAAAAUGUGCGUUACAGUGAAUAACCAUGCAUUGCCUUCAUGUAAGAGGGAGUCAGAGAGAAAGAACUCCCUUGAUCUAGACUAUAUAAAGAAAUCCUGACCUGUAGAAUAAAUAUGUGGAAGGUCGAGCAUCUUAGAGGAUCUUAAAGACUUGCUAUUACACUUUUUCAGAUGAAAAAGAGAGAAUUCAGUGAUGUUUCUUUCUUUCUUACUCCACAACAUGCUUUUAUCUAGCCAAGAUACGCACACCAACACACACAUAUACACACACACACACACUCUUAUUGAUAUGUAUGAAUCUAUUUAUAAUGCAGGGUGGCUCAUGCUGAAUUUUUUUCUUUUUUUUUUCUUUAUUCUGUCUCAAGGGCUGACUAGUGAACCUAGUGGUGCUCUUCCUCUUUUUCAUCAUCAGCAGAUGUUUCAGUUCCACAUCUGCAGGGUGUUUUGCCUGCCAUGUAUCCACCCCCACCCAAAUUUAAGCCCUCACAAGCUUCACAAAUUAGCAAAGCAUUUGUUGUAACAUUUUAUAUAAUGCAGUUUUAGAGUCACAUUGGUUUUAGCCACAUUUUCUGCUUCUUUCACAUAAAUGCUGUGUACAUUUUCUUUGUGACAAUUAUGUAAAAUUGUCGCUCAUCCCUCUGCUGUCAAUCUUUAGAAAUGAUUAUGCAAGAACUAUUCUGUGUAUUUGGGCUUUUCAUUUUAUUAUGUAAGAUACUUUAAUGGAAUUGAGGUACUUUUUUAUUAUUACUGUAAUUUCCCUUUUUUUUUUUUUUUAAAUAAAUGAUUUAAAACAGCA